CAUUCUAGCUCUAGAGCAGUAUCCAUGGCAACCGAUGUGCGUUCUUCAUACGCGUGGCUCGUAGGGUCCGGGUCGCUCUUCUAGAUCUUCCCGCGGAGGUUGUAGCAGGAAGGGUUGGCUGAGACUCCGUAUCACCGGAGUGCCUGCUCGCAGCCGCCUCGCCCUCCCUCACACACGCCGUCUCUUGGAAACCCUGCAAACACUCGGUGAGAGCCGCCCGUCUCCCUGCACUCUCACGGACUUGCUGUCUCUUCGGGUUCCUGCCCCCUCGGGGAUGUCUCGUGAGGUCACACCGCCCUCGCCGUCCUCCAGCAGACCCUCACAAUGCCCCCCGCAGGAACAAGUGCUCGGGGGCAUUUCUGGUCAUCUGCCCCAGGGGGUCUGCAGGAAAUGUGCCAAGUACAGGGAUAUGAUUGGUCAACUUCAGCAGGAGAAAGAGGAAGCACUCCAGGACCAGAGGAGGGCUUUCCAAGACCAACUGUCUGAAAUAGCCAAGAACCGGAGGCACCUGGAGGAGGAGCGCGCGGCUCUGCUACGCCACAGGUUAGAGCAGGAGAUGAAGGAGAAGGCGCAGGUUCUCCAUCAGAACUGGAAGGAGGACACUGAUGAGGCCAUUCAGAAAGCCUGCGAGGAAGCAAGGAGAGAGGCCGAGAGGGAACGGGAAAGGGAAAUUCAGCUGGUAAAAGAAGCAGCCGAGAUUGAGUUUAAGGAGCGUUUGCAGGAAGCCGAGCAUCUGGUUAAAGAAAAGGAACAGAAACGCUUUGAAAUAGAGAGACAAGAACUGGAGACAAAGCAUUCUGAGGAGCUCAGAGCUGUGCACGUAAAAGUCUGCACAGUGCAGGAGCAGUUAAAAGACGUUAUCCGUGAGAAAAUGGAUUUUGAGAAUAAAUUUAAGGAGCUCCAGCUGAAUUACAAGCGGUUUAUUGACCUCACCGACUCCGCUCUCCAUUCAGACUACCUCCUGCAUCUAAUCCGCCUGGGAAGACCGCCUGGCUUUGCCCAUGGUGCUGUUCAAACUGAUGAUGUCAUCAAUACUCCUCUCUGAUGUCAUACCCAUUCCAAGCCGAUAAAAUAAUUCUUCGAUAUUUCUCUUCUCUCGUUAAAGCAGACAUUUUUAAAGAGCACUGCAAAAAUAUUAAUAACAGGAAUUUUGUAUUCAUUUUAAAAAAAAUAAGCAAUUUGGAUUGGCUGCUGAGAUUUUACCUUUUAUAUUGAUUUACACAAUUAAUAAACUGAAGAUCCAAC